AUGGAAAUUGCCACGGGUGGUGUCGACGGUGUGACGAGGUGGGGGUUGGAGAAAGACGGGCGCGAGUUGAGUGUGCUGGAGACCUACGCUGGGUACUCGCAUUUCCAGUGGAGUCAUUCGGGGCGUUUUCUGGUGCUCUGGAAUGAGCGUCAGUUUCGGUUGCUCGACGGACGCGGCCACCGGGGCGCCUUGAUGCCCGUUUUCGAGGCCACGAGCGACGCGGCUGUGGCCUCGGUCCAGUUCAGCGCCAGCGACAGCUACUUCCUGCUGCUCUCCGAACAGACGGUUCAGGUGUUCAAGACGAACCGUAUGGUUGCGGUCCGCGGGACUCCGGUGUUGGCGCGGAAGGUCGGGGUUAAGGAAGAACUCGUCCCCGCCUCCUUCGUCGGGGACUGUGGCCUUGUCCACGUCACCCCCUCCCUGCAGCUGUCUUACACCAACCUCCCGACGCCCCCCGAGGACCCCGCCCAAGAGCAGGACUCGGCAACCGAGGAACAGGCAACCGAGGAACAGGCAACCGAGGAACAUGCAGCGAAAAAGGUUGCUACGGCCCCGGAACUUGCCGCAAAAGAAUUGACGUCGCAGGUGCUGUCCGAGUCCGGCGAAAGGGUGUCUUCCCUGGCCGUGUACUCGGCGCCGAACCCCCGGAUUGCCUACUUCUGUGAAGGCAACCCGUCUUAUAUCAGCGUUAUUGAGUUGAAGGAGGCCGCUGAUGCCGGUGCUGCCGCUAAUGCCGGUGCUGCCGCUGAUACUGAUAUCGGCACCUUAAAGAUGGUGUGCGGGUUAGUGAGCAAGACUCCGAUUGGCCGGGCAACGGAGGUGGAGAUGUCCUGGAAUAGGAGUGGAUGUUUCCUGUUACGCCAAGCAGUCUGGUGCUGUGGACGUAACGGGCAAGAGUUACUACGGCACGAGUAA